GUAACUGGAUUGGGAAUGUCUGUUUAGACACAGAAUCCGCAGUGCCUCGGACCAAUUUUAACUACAUUUCUUUGCUAUUCACUUUGCUACAAUUUCUAGGUUUUCCACCACAUACAAAUAUAUAAACUACAACUUAAUCUAAUUUAGAUUUUCGUAAUAAAAUUGAUGUCAAUAGACUCGCGUGUAUAUAUGUUUAACCACCAUUCUAUUCCACAUUCAUUCAUGCAAGCAAGACUCUAAUCCAAAUUCGAUUCUCUAUUUUUCAGUUACACAACAUGUCCGAAACUGCGGCCCGCAGAUGUUUCUGAUCAGCCGCAAGGGCGGCACUCUGCUGGCCAUCAACAACUUCCUCUAUCGCUCCAAUCUCAAGUUCUUUGGCAAGAACAACAACAUUCUCUACUGGGAGUGCGUACAAAAUCGUUCAGUUAAAUGCCGCAGCCGCUUGAAGACCGUGGGCGAUGAUCUCUUUGUAACGAACGAUAUCCACAAUCAUAUGGGCGAAAAUAUGCGCAUUGAGGCUGCCAUGGUUUCUGGAAUGCUGAUCCACAAAAAACUUAGUUCCCUCACCUACGCUGACCGAACGCAGGGCUCGUGGAAGAUUGAAGACGAAGCCCCACCCGACCAGUAACCAUGUCCAUGUCCGUUUUAGACAUUCCCUUAUCGUCCGACAUCAACUAGAAUUAAGUUAUUGUCUCUAUGUUUCUUCUGAUUUAGACUGAGUGUCCUAUUUAGGAGGAUAAGUAAGUACCUUUUGCAUGUGGUUGGAACCAACAGCGUUUUUUUUUUCCUCCCCUCCCAAGCAGUCUCGUCCUGGGUGUUGAGUAUUUAUUCCAGUAUAUGGCAGUGGUCGUCACAACCUGACGGAAAAUAGCUAUUGUAUUCGUGUCACUGUUAUAGGGAAAAUACCACGUAAAAUUUUUAUUUUUUUUAAAUUAUCUUGAAUCAGACGAUCAUAUAAUUAAUGUAUUUAUUGAUAGCAUGCUAACACGUCGCUGCUGUACAACAUAUGAUCUGUGGAAAAUUAAGAUUGGUUUUUCAAUCGAAUGGUAGCAAAAUUAAAGCCAAUUGUAGCUAGUAACUUGCCAAAUUUUGUGCAUGCGAACGAACAGGAUAUGAUUUUACUUUUUUUGUAACUUAGGUACACAUCAUUUAAAUAUAUUUUACCUCUCGGAUGUUUCAAUUAU